GGGAAAGUGAUGGGAAGAACUACCCCACGCUGUAUGUUUGCUGUUGGGGAUAAGUAGAGGCCUGGUACAUCAGAAUGAUGCCAUUAUUUUUUUUUUUAUAUGCUGAGGCAACCUGAAGACGAGCCGCUGUAAUCAUUUGCUGCAGAAUUGUUUGGGCACAGCGUUGCUUUCCUCUUUAAGGCGCUCCUGUUUUAUGGCAGUAAAUCAGAUUAGCAGUAGAAAAUGAAGUUCCUUCUUUUUACUUGGAAUCAAAGAAUGAGGUCUCUCCUCUUCACUUUCUGGUGCUUCUCAGUUGUGAGUCUGGACGCCUCAGAGGUUCUGGAGGCGAGCGGCCAUGUUGGAGGAAACGUCUCCAUCCACUGCUUCAGUAGCGGGUCUCCAGUCAACGUUUCUGAGCUCCACAGCGCACAUUUCUGCAAAGGCGUCUGCUCCGGCGGAAACACCAUCAUUCAGAUGGAGAUGAUGAGCUCUGCCGUGACACGGUACGGGAGAUACAGCAUGGAGUCUAACGGAGGAGACGGCGGGGUCUUCACGGUCACAAUAAACGGGCUGAGGAAAGCCGAUGCUGGGAGCUACCGCUGUGGAAUGGCGGGAAGCUUGAACGUCACGUACCAUGAAGUUAGACUAAAAGUUGUAGACGCUCUCACUGUUCCAGCUGGAUCCUCUAUAACUCAGAGUACCGUCCUGCAGACGGGGCUACUCUCUCCCAGAGGUGGCUUUUCAUCAAGCAGCGGAGCAUCCGACGUACCAAUCACGCUGCCACCUUCGGGAAGGAAGAGAACACAGAAAGAAGCAAACAACUUCACAGACACAAUGGUUGUUAUAAUCGUCUCCGGUAGCCUGGCUUUUCUGGUUUGUGCCAUUAUUCCUCUGAUAUUCUACAGACACUGGCGGAACAUGGCGGGUGAGAUCAGACUGUCGGCGAACAAAAAUGAGGACGACUGCUGUCAGGAAAACGUAGACACUGCCUGCAGUCAGGUCGCGGUUGGGGUCCAGACUUCAGAAGAAGACGACCAUCCAGGAUCUGGUGCAGACGAUGGCCUCCGGUAUGCGGCUGCGUACGAGGGGCUGGAUCCCAGAAGCCUUGAAUGAGCAGGAAUUACUCUGUUUCUGUGCAGGUGUUUAUUUUAAAAAUCGCUCGCUGUAUUUUCAGCAAAAAUAAUAAACAAAUCGUUGAAUA